ACCAUGCUGGUGGAAUAGCAUGCAGUGUUAACUCGGCUUUUAGUUUUAUUGAAGACUCUCGACGGUACAGACGUUAUAUACUCAAUUUCCCGAGUUAGUCUUUUUUCCCGCGAUAUGCUCCAGCUAGAGUUCAUCCUAUUAUUGAGUGUGAAGUAAAUUCCCCAGUGAAAUUCAAAGUUUAACCCAGUGUUUCAAACAUUUGAAUUGACUACUAACGACAAUUUUUGUUGAGAUUAUUCAUAAAAGGCAAAAAAAAAAACGUGAAGAAUAGUAGAAGAAAAAGUAUGAUUUGUGAGUGAUUCAAUUAAGUGAGGAGUCGGAAAGCCCAGAGAAAUUUACAUUAGCAUCGUUUUUUUGAGAAUAAUAAUUGUACCAUCGACUUGGACACAGGAUGCUGAAGCACGUACAGAUAUCGCCUCUUCGCAACCGUUCGGACUCCCUGUCACUACGUUCCAACACAUCAUGCUCAUCGUCACUAUGCGGCAGCCCAGAACCCACCGAUGAUCAUCAAUUGCCCACCAGAAGUCCAUCGAGAGCCUCAAGCUAUUCCAGCCUCAGCGACACAAUCCCACAGACAACGAUAAAAAUAUUCACAACAUGCCUGAAGAUUGAUAUUGAGUAUAAAACAUUGGGCAUCCAAUGGGAUACCACAAGUCGCGAAAUUGUGAGUCAGGUGCUGAGACGGUGUAAGAUUCGACACAAAGAUCCAAGGCUCUUUUAUCUGUCCAUGGAGGUCACAGUGCGUAGGGCUGGUGUGAAAACACUCCUGGUGCUGGAUGAUGAGGCUCGUCCGGCAAUCUUACAAGCGUGUCAUCCCAAGGGUGACUCACGAUUCUGCCUCCAGCUCAAGGCUGGUGGUCUCGUGCGAGUCCACACUUCGGCCCUGCAGCCACUGUCGCAGUACAAAAGUCUCCUCAUCUCCGAAGAGACCACGUCUGACGAACUGCUGGGACUUCUCCUAACCACGUACAAUUCCGCAGAACCAGUUGAGCAAUUCUCACUCUACGAGGUGUGCCCAAAUCAGGAGUACCAGAGAAAAUUGCAUCCAGAUGAUUUACCACUGCGAGCACAGGUGCAACGGCAACAACGCGGUGAAACGUGUCAUUUUCUCGUGCGCCGCAAUCCAAAUUAUCCACGUCGUCGGCAGAUACUGCCCCCAAUUCAGGAAAGUAAUCCAUCCCUAACUGCAGAUGCUCCGGCGCCGAGGACAGAGCCAGAAGUUAAAUCAGAUGCAAAAAGUCAGGAUGAUGGGGAGAAGAGAAUGUGCAGAAUGUGCAAGAAUAAUUUUAAAUCGUGCGAAUAUUGCAACAAAGCUCCAUCAAGAGAUAAGGCUACCAUUAGUGCCUCUGCUCAUCCAUCACCAUCAUUAACAUAUCAUCCGGUAUACAAUAUCAGGGAAAUUAGGACGGUAUGUCAUUCAUUUUCAUCGCUAGGUGUAGACAAAAAGCUCCUGGACAUCAAUAUGAAAACGACCAAUGGACAACGACGUGGUCAGACAAAGAGCCGAUCCUAUGGAAAUUUCGUAUAUAUCUAAAUAACUAAUCUAUUGCUCAUUUAGCGAGGAAUAUCACAAUAAUCCACCUAAAACAUUGUACAUUAUACCUUCCAAUAUAAAAGAAAGUAUUUUUUGUACGCACAAGUUUAUUCCAUUAAUUUCAAGAUCACAGAGCAUUUAAAUUUAUUUUUUUGAAGAUGUUUUAUGGGCAACUAUUUUGCACCAAAUACACUGGCAUCGCAGCUGAGAAUCAAUAUAUAAAAAAAGACCAAAAUACUAGUCACAUUCAUAUCAAAUAUAUUUUUCGUGUAGCAUUCGAGGCAUAAUUAGUAAUCAUUUUGAUUAAUGUAUAAAGUUUCGCAUACUGCCCACAAUAACUUUGUGGAAUCACACCGAGAGUUUUUUCAACUUCGGACCAAUUUUAUGCCAUACGUUUGUGGUUAAAUUGUCCGGGAAAUUGCUCCAAUUCUUGCGGAAUAAAAUAAUUUCAUGUGAAUUGAUGAAUUUUUAUUGAUAGAGCAAUAAAAUUGCAUUUUGAUCCUGAUUUAAUUCUGAUUCUGUAAUUGCAUUUGCAAUGUUCAAUUUAUGUGGAAUUAAUGAAUAAAAUUCAGGGAUUGAUUUUAAUGAAUUUUAAUUUUCUUUAAAGUUUUAAAGCAUUUUAAAGUUAUUGCAGCAUACAAUUAAAGUAUAUACUGAAUCGGAAAAUUUUGCAAAAAUAUUUAUUUGGGAAAAAUAAAUGAGCAGUGAAAAGCUUAAACUGAUAGAACAAACAAUUUAAUUUGAUCAGCAAAUUAUUCGAAAUGAUCAGUAAGAGUAAGAGUAAGAGUAGUAGUCAGUAAGAGUAAAAAUUUCUCAGCAAAAAGUAAAAGUUGGUCAGUAAAAAGUUGAAACUUAGCAACAAAAACGUCACAUCGAUCAGUAGAAAUGUUCAAGCUAAUCAGUUAAAAAUUAAAAUGUGGUUAGAAAAACACAAAGCAAAAAAAAAUAAAUAAACAGAAAACUAUAGUCAGUAAAAAAUCAAAAAAAAAAUAUCAGCAAAAAAUAAAACGUGGCCAAUAAAAAUUUAAAAUUCGUCAACAAUAAACUAAAAAUGACCAGUAAAAAACAAAAAGUGGUCUGAAAGAAAAUACAUAGGGUAAGUGUGCCAAAUUUCGGCAUAGUUGCAUAUAAGCACCGAAGUCGUCCUAAGUUUGAAAUGCAAUAUUUUUAAUUCAUAUUUAUGUUUUUUGUUACUUCCUUUUCGGGAAGAUUGUGUGGAACCUUGAAAACUAGUUUAUCAUCUUUGUUUUCUUUAAAUCACUUCUUAAAAUAUUGAAAAAUUAAUAAUAAUAUGGACAUUGCUUUGAGUAGUAUUCCGGCCAGUGAGUGAAAUACCGGCCACCUUUUUUUUGACCACCUUUUGUGACGCAACGGAUAAAAAAUUUCAAAACGUCAAACGUUAAUAUACGUUAAUAUUUAGUUUAAUACGUUUAUAUGACCCACAAGCCCUGAGAUCUUCCGUGUAAUUUAUCCUAAAGACCUGAAGAGUAGCUUCUCAAAUUUACGCGCAGAUUUCCGUAGCAAUUUUUCCUUCCUGAACUCUUCCAAGGCCUUUUCCACAUCAUCUUUUUCAUAGAAGCGAUGGUUUUUUUCUCUGUGCAUUGUAGAACUCAGAAAUUGAAAAAAAAAACACAAAAUGAAUAAGAAAUUUAGGAAAGCAAAAGAUGUUGCCGGAAUAGUCAACUCUACCUCACCGGAAAGACGCCCACAAAGUAUAUACCUUUUACGCGAAAUACAGGAUCCAGUUGGGAAAUUUCACCCGAAAUUUAAAAAUUGAUUCACUAUUAACAUAAACAGAAACAAUCUAUAAUGAAAACUAAUCGAUUUUCAUAAAAAACGCCGAAGGAAAACCUUCUGCACAUCACCACAAAUCGUAAAACUGCUAGAAACGCAAUCGAUCUGUCACAUUUUUUGUAAGACUCUUUCCACACUGAGUUUUUACAACGCAAUUUAAAUUCAAAGCAUACCUAAAAUUUAACGUUCUUUGUGUUAAUACAUCCUAAAAUGAAUAAAUAUUUAAAAGCAAAAUGAAUUCAUUGACUAUUCGAAGAUAACAUACAUAAUUUUAAUUAAUUUAUUUCCAUGGCCAAAAUUACACUCAAAGUGGCCGAAAUUAGAAGCUAGCCGAAAUUUGGCACACUUCCCCUAUGGCCAGUAAAAAAUUAAAGAUGAACAUUGAACCAACUUUAUUUUUUAUUGAUCAUAUUUUAUCAUAAACUGAUUAUUUUUAAAUUUUACUGAUCUUUGUUUUUUACUGAUCAGUUUUUUUUUAAAUUUAUUAACAAAAUUUUAUUUUUUUAAUGAUAUUUUUUAAUUUUUGCCAACUACUUUUCGACUUUUACUGACCAAAUUGAAUAUUUUUACUGCUCAGUUUUAUUAUUUUACUGUUCAUUUUAAUUUUUUUGCUGACCGAUUUUUAUUUUUUUGACUAUGUUUUAUUUAUUACUGAUCAAAUUCUAUUUUUUAAUUACCACUUUUAAUAAAAUACUGUUUUUAUUUAAUUUUUUACUGCUCAUUUACUCGAUGUUUAUUUAAAUCUGUCAUAUUGAAAUUAUUAAAUUAGAGUAAAUUAUUGAAAGCUCUACAAUUUAAAUUGACUGUGGAGAGAAACUUAAAACUUGCAUCUUAUUUUAUCGUUUUUCUAAAGAACUUUGUCAUAACGGGAAAAAACAUUGCAAAAAAGCUUCGUGGAAGAAGAAUAUUUUAAAACUUUCUUCCGUCAAAGACUGCCUUUGAGAACUUUUAUGAAUUCUUAGAAAAGAAGAAAAUCUUGUGACAUGAAACUCUUAGCUUUCAAGCUAUUUAAAUAUUAUAGAAAAUUUUUUUCUUCUCUUUUUAAAUUAAAAAAAUCUACAUUUUCUUUUCCAUUUAAUUUAAAGUAUUCAAAGAGAGAAAUUUUCUGUUCCUGGAAUCAUUUACCGAUGACAGAAAAGUUUAAAAAGAAAAAUUCUCGGUGUUUCAAUUUCCACAUUCUCUUCUAAGAAAUAUACCACAGAUAAUUUAUAUUACAAUAUAUAUCGUAAAAUGUAGUUAAAUUCUAUCAAUUGUAACUCAAAAUGAAUAUUUUAGCUAAAAGUCCCAAUGUUGUAAGAAUAUUUAUAACACUUUAUAAAGGAGAACAGUGUUAGCCAAAGAAAUGUCGAGAGAAAAGAAAAACAAGCAAAUUAGAGUUUAAAUGAGGAAUCUAACAUAUAAUAUUUUAUAUAUUAUUGAUAUAAAUCUGAAAAUAAAAUACAGAAUUUAGAGUUAAAUUGAAAAUUA